CUCUUCACCGCCUCCCCAGCCUCCCCGCGCCCCGAUGCGAUCACGCUCGCCGAGCCCCUCCUGGCCGACCUCGACGCCUUCGUCGCCGCCAUGGACGAGAUCUCCGGCGGGGCCUUCCUCCGCGCAGGCGACGGCGAGGUCGACCUGGCCGCAUUGGCGUCCGAGGAGUUCCCCGAGCUGCCCUGGCUCAAGGCCAAGGGGUACUACGUGAUCGAGGAGUUCGUGGCCAACUGGGUCGAGAUCGCGCUGCGGAUGUCGUGGGCGGCGGCCGCGGCCGGGGGCGGCGUCGGCGGGAAGAAGGCGGUGAGGGUUGGGAGGUGCGUCAAGGAGAAGGCCGGGCUGGCGUCGACGGCCUUCUGGAGGGAGAAGGGGUAUGUGGACUGGUGGAUGCGGCUGGAGCCCCGGGUGAGAGCAAGGAUCACAGGAGCCUUCUUCGGGAAGAGUGCAAAGGCGCUGGCUAAUGAGAUUGAAGGAUCAGAUGUUGCUUCUAGCGAUUCUGGAUCAUUUCUUGUAGACAGUAUGUAUGGAAGUACACGGCAGUCUUUUUUCAGAAAGAAUCAACCUGGUUGCGGCGAUGUUGCAAGCAUUCUGUCUUGUAAAAAGAAGCCUGCUUUUGCUAAAGAAUUAAAAAGAUUGCUGGUGCUUCAGGAGAUAGUGUGUUUAAAGAGCAAUAUUACUUACUGUGGCGGUGAUGCAAUCUUUCUCACUUCAUUAAUGUCAGCUGGCACUGUUGCUGACAAUAUACUCAUGAGAUUACGAAGACUUCUCAUGGUGGUGUCGACGGAAAGUAUAAAGUUGGAGCUCAUUGGGGAUGGAGCAUCAAAUAAUCCAAAAAAGAAUGUUGAAAAGACAAGUGUAGGUUCUCGAAAAGGAAAGAAGAAGUCUAGUAGCUCGAAAAAGCUAGCAGCGUCUUCCAAGUCGUCCAAGGACAAUGGAGGCAGUAGCACAGAAACAAGAAAUUCUAGGAUUGUGUCAAAGUCAAACCAGCAGACUCCAUCUGUUCGAUGCACUAUUAAUGGACCCGCUUCUGAAGAAACUCCUUGCAAAGAAAUUGCACCAAUACCAAAGGCGGAGCAAGCUAUCAGGUUGGCUGACUGCAAUAAUCAAUGUAACAAAAAGAAAAACAAACGUAAAGGGAAAGCAAAACUCUCUGAUCUUUUGAGAGCUGAGAACCCUGGACCUGGCAAAUUGAAGACAGCUGUUGCUCAUGUUGCUACAGAAGCCUUUCAUAAAUCUCCCGAAGCAGUAGAUGCCCCACUGUGUGUCCCAUCUCAUGCGCAUAUUUCCAGUAAUGACAUCCCUGAAGCAGUGGGUUGUUCUGAGUCAUCAAGUAUCUUUGAUGGAACUGAAGAAAAAGGCAUCAAAAGCAGCAGAAAACUGGAAGAUACCUUACGUUCUUCUAUGGUUAUCUCAUCAGUAACCACAGAGUGUUGUCAGAGUGCACAAAAACCUGCCAACUUCAGUGUGAAUGAGCAGAGCCCAUCACGCAGUAGUCAAAAUGAAUUCAUUGUCCAACCAUCUUUAUGUUCACCUUCCAGUAGUGAUAAUGUUUUAUCUGGUAAUCCAUGCAGAAACUCUGCUGACUCCUUGGUAAGAUCUGCACAGGAUAAGACUGGCUGUGAUAUAACACAGGGAGCUUUGCAUGGACUUCCUCCUGGUGUUGGUAAAGGAUAUGAGAAACAAAUGGAUCACAGCUCUGUAGUGACAACCGACAAACUUUUACCAUCAGUCAUUCCUGCCAACAUUCUCCAAAGUGCUAUAAGCGACAAUGGUACAGCAGUGAAGAAUGGUGUAGAUGAAUAUUAUGCAUUCAACCGGAACUUGCUGGGAGGAACAUCAUACGAGUGGCCUAGUGUAGCACCCCAUUUUGUAUCACCUGAAAUGCAACAGCGCCCUGCUGCAGCAGACAGGUUGCAUCUUGACGUUGGUUACAGAUGGCCUACUCCAUUUAACCAACCUUUCAUUCCUGCCAACCAUCAGGUGAGAAGCUCACCAGUUGAAGCUGGAUGCAAUCAAAUGUUAUCUUCUUUGUCAGUGCCCUUAAGUUUUGAUUGGCCUCCUGUUUUCAGAGGUUAUGGUAAACUGACUCAAAAUGCUGCUUUAAGUUAUGAUCCGGUAUUUGCCCCACAUAUGCAGUCUUCUGCUUGGCCUGGGUUUCCUGCUCAACUAAUUCAGAGAGGUGGCAUUUGCAGUGAAAAAGAUAGGAAAUAUUUUAGCGAUAGUGACCCAAGAAACACAUCAGAUGUUGGGGAUGAUACUGAAAGCUAUUGGUUUUCUGAAGAAGAAUCAGACGGCCGUGCAACUUCUGGAAGAGAUAUUAAUCAAUAUUUUGGCGGUGGCGUGAUGUAUUGGAGUCCUGCAGAACAUGCCGGAACGGGCUUUUCUAGGCCACCAUCUCUUAGUUCAGAUGACAGUGCUUGGGCAUGGCAUGAGGCAGAUGUUAGUCGAGUUGUUGACGAUCUGGCUAUUGGGAUUCCAUCAUCAACAUAUAAUGCAAAUGGUGCAUCGUCACCACCAUCCAGCCCAAGCCCAUCCUGUUCCCAGCAUGAAACUUCUGAUCCUUCCCCUCAGCCUGCUUGUCACUCAGUGGCAGGGAAUGACAUCAACAAUGAAGCUUCACAUUCUCCAUCUUCUACGCAAGACAGUCCUGAAGAUAAGACUACUUCGGCUGUAAAGAGUCCAUCUUGUGCCAGUGAAGUAAAGGGGGAUACACUACCAUAUGCAAUGCUGCGGCCAAUAGUUGUUUCUAAUAUAUCACGAAGGCUAUCAAGAUCUGACUUUAGGGGUGGUCAUGAUCACAGGAGCCCAUGUGUGUCUUCGACCAGGAGGGAUAUACCUCUUGUAAGAAGACCUCCAUCGCCAGUAUUACUUAGUGUUCCUCGCAUGCCUCGGCCACCUCCUCCUUCUCCUGUUGGAGAAUCAAGAAAACGUGGAUUCCCAAUUGUUAGAUCCGGCAGUUCAAGCCCGCGGCAUUGGGGGAUGAGAAGCUUGUUUUCUGAUGAUAAAAUUUUCAAUAGGGCUCAGUUUUGCUUGGAUGGCCCUGAAGUUGUAUGGCCUUCAUGGGUGAAUAAAGGCACCUCUACGGGUACACUGGUACAAUCAAUUGAGGAUACUGUCUUGCAGGACCACCUUGUUAAGAUUUCACAGCUUUCACGUGAUCAACAUCCAGAUGUUGCAGUUCCUUUGCAGCCACCUGAUAUGUUAAAUGGUUCACCUCACAAGGCAUCCCUUUCUUUGAUGCACAAUGCUCUACAUGAAGAGAUUGAUCAAUUCUGUAAGCAGGUUGCUGCUGCAAAUCUGGUGACGAAGCCCUAUAUAAAUUGGGCUGUCAAAAGGGUCACACGGUGCCUGCAAGUUCUCUGGCCUCGCUCGCGUACAAAUCUAUUUGGCUCAAAUGCCACUGGUUUGGCCCUUCCAACUAGUGAUGUAGAUCUCGUGGUUUCUCUCCCCCCAGUCCGAAAUCUGGAACCUAUUAAAGAAGCUGGAAUUUUGGAAGGCCGCAAUGGCAUUAAGGAAACAUGCCUCCAGCAUGCGGCAAGGUGCCUUGGAAAUCAGGACUGGGUUAGGAGUGAUUCCCUCAAAACGAUUGAAAACACAGCAAUACCUGUGAUCAUGCUUGUAGCCCAAGUACCUUGUGACACAAAUAUGUCCAAUGACCCUUCUGUUCUGGAUAGCUCACAAGAAAUUUCAGUCAAUGUGCUUGGGGAGCAAGGGAGCCCUCCUCGUUCUGACAAUUCUAGUUCAGAAGGCAGCAAUGCACUUGCGGGCUCAAAAAUGAAGGAUGAUUGUGAUGCUGUGCGGUCAAUUCGUCUUGAUAUAAGUUUCAAAUCACCAUCCCACACAGGACUCCAGACUACUGAGUUGGUUGGUGAGCUGACUCAGCAAUUUCCUGCGGCUUUACCCCUUGCAUUAAUCAUGAAGAAGUUUUUGGCAGAUCGUAGUUUGGACCACCCAUAUUCGGGUGGUCUAAGCUCUUACUGUUUGGUGUUGUUAAUCACUCGUUUUCUUCAGCAUGAACAUCAUCUUGGUCGGCCUAUUAACCAAAAUCUAGGGAGCCUUUUGAUGGAUUUCCUGUAUUUUUUUGGGAAUGUGUUUGAUCCACGCCAUAUGCGUAUUUCCAUCCAAGGAAGUGGAAUUUAUUUGAACCGAGAAAGAGGGCACAGCAUUGAUCCAAUUCAUAUCGAUGACCCUCUUUGCCCUGCUAACAAUGUGGGCCGGAAUUGUUUCCGAAUCCAUCAAUGCAUCAAGGCUUUUGCUGAUGCUUUUGCAGUUCUAGAGAACGAGCUACUGCAGUUCACUGCAGAAUGUAACAUGCCUGCAUCAUCAUUUAGCCUACUGAAGAAAAUAAUUCCAAGUAUUGAUUCUAAUGAGUUGUAGCAAUGAAAAGAACCUGUGAGUCCACAAGCUACAUGAACUGUUGGGUUGGAAUGGCCUCUGCUUGUGUUCUGGACUCUGAGUUACUACUGCAGCUGGUGGAAAAGGCUUGUUCGAAGGUACGAUGCCAGCUGCCCUCCUCUCGCCUCUGGCUGUUUAGAACCCGAGACCGUUAUUUGAGGUAUUAGGCUGAAUUGGAUGAUUCAAGAGCAAGAUAGGGUUGCACUCUGCACACAGAAGAUGCUGAACCUCAUGCCAGUGGUAUGUGCUGCCAAGGAUGCGGAAAUGGACUCGCCUAAUGAUGUGUGCUGCCAGACCUAUAAGGUCACGGAGGAGCAGUACAGCAGAUCCACACAGAAAUCCGGAUCCGGAGGAGCAGCACGCAGGAUAUGAUCUAGCAGAGGCUCUACAUAUUUUCUGAAUCAUCUGUUCUCUGAACCUUAGAAAAUGCUGAAGAAAAGAAGAUCAAAAUCCGUAUGGCGCGCCGAGUCCUUCGUGCUUUUGGCAGCCCGCAUCAGCUUGUGGAACAGAACAGGAAACGGAGAAAUGCUACGGAGGAGGUUACCUCUAUUCUGAAACAAAGAAUGAAUCGACUCCUACGUGUGGCCUGUACCGGACUUGUACUGGAAGUGGCAACUGAUAUAGCAACGUGAUUGUUCUCCCGUGGAGUAAGAUUGUUCCCCGGACACACCAAGAGGGUGACUGCGAAGAUAACUGCAAGUGAUCUCGAGUGCCAGAUUCUUCGUUGCAGUCACUCGCCAACGGUUUGCCGAGUUACUCUUCUUCAGAGACAAGUUAGAGCAUCAGAAACAUGGUCAGGUGACGGCAUUGGCUCUGUCUUACAAAAGCAGACUUCGUUUUCCUGCAGCUGAUGAGAGUCAAGUUGCUGCUUUUAUAGCGAGGCAGACUUCAGUUCCUGCAGCCGAUGAGAUCUAAGAUGCCGCUUUUGCAGUUUACUCCAACACAAAUUUGGAAGUAGCAUGUUCUUGACUUGUUGCGCUGAUGUUCUUCCGUUUUCUUUCUUGUGCAAGUAUCGACUAAUAUUUUUACAAUUACCUUGAUGAAUGUCUGCCAUUUUUCAUCACUAAAUUUGUUCACAACUACUCCAUCCGUUCCUAAAUACACGUCUUUUUAGAGAUUUCAA